AUGCUCUGUUCGGUCAAACCUCAUAUCCAGCUCAAUAACCAGGGAAUCCACUCCGAGUCCGCAACAAUCACAUGCAUCGAUUUUAUAGAUGAAGAUCGAUGCAUCAUCACCUGCUCCGAAGAUGGUUCCAUCCAAGUUCGGAAGGCGGAUACAGGUGAAAAAGUGGGUGAGUCCUGGACAGAUGAAGGAAGUGGGGGCAUCCACGCCAUGGCAGUAUCGCCAGAUCAAACGGAAGUCGUAACCGGCAGCCAAGAUGGUAGGAUACGCCUGUGGGAGGUGGCCACCGGGAAAAGGACCAGAAGAUCGAGGCAAGCUCACAGCCUCACAAUCCUGUCUGUCUGCUGGAGUCCGGACUCGGAUAGAUUCCAAAUUGCCAGCGGGUCUGAAGACGGAACGGCGUUCAUAUGGGAUAUCAACCAAGACGAUAUCGUUGGACAUCCUAUCAGAACUAACCACCCACAUGCAAGAGAUAAGGCCGAAGGAAAGGUCGCCCGUCUAGGCAAACGUACUGGUCCUAUCUGCGCCAUCGUCUUGUCUCAAGACAAGCUUCUAUUGGCGGCCGCUUCUCUCGAUAAUACCAUCUCCCUACUGGAAUCCAAAGACCAACAAGCGCUGUCUAGGGAUGCCAAUAGCGCAUCGCUUCUCAAUCCUAAGACAAUGGUAUGGGCGUUACAUAGCGCAGUGGAGUUCUUUAUUCAGAACUGUUGCCCAAGUCGCUGGGAAGGCCCGGGAGUGGAGCACGGUGCACGAGAAAACUAUUUGCAUGGCCGUCAAAGUCCUUCACUUGACAAGCAGGAAAGUGCAGUGCACCCGUUAGAAUGA